AUGAUCACUCAUGCCUAUGUCAGCUAUGAAGAUGACAGGAAGUUCGCUGUGGUUAGUGUAGAUGACAUCGAGGAUUUCGACCCGCUCCAUGAGAACGAUUUCUCGGUUUCUGCUUUCGACUCGACAAAAUGGACAGAUCUCAAUGGUAGCAGCGACUACUAUCGUGCCAGGAUAUUGGUUUUGGGAGACUCUGAGAAGGACGUUCAGGCGAAAGUCAACAGGAAAAGGGUCAGGGUGAAUAAAAUUUUCGACACAAGCGAAAGUGAAGACGACAUCCUGGAACAGAAGAAAAAGAGAAAGAUCAAAGUAAAUCGAUGCACUGAACCCGUGCAGUAUUCAAGUGGGGAGGGCCAGCCAAAGCCAUCUGCAGAUCAACACAAUGAUGCUGCAGGGUACCUGAAGGGCAUGAUCAAGCAGAAAGACACCACCAUUCGCCUACUGAGGAGCGAAAUAGAGGAGAAAGAUGUUGAGCUUCAACGGUUACGGCAACUAAACAUGGCCUUACAAGACAAAAUGUUGCGUAGGUUUGACGACAACGAAGAUUGUCAAGUCGUGUCACGAUCCUUCUGUGCACAAAAGAUUCAUGAAGGCGGUCACAGUGUGUUUCCAGCCCCAGAGUUGCUGCCACCCCGUGAGGCGACACCAGAGCCACAGCUGCCCAGCACUGCUGAUAACAAAAUGGUAAACAUUGGUCAGGGGCUGCAAAUUCAGCAGGAGGUGUGGGAGCGUGUGCAAGGCCAACAAAAAGACUCAAUGUUCGUGAAAGAGCUGCUCGUGAGCAUCUGGACUAAAGAACAACUUCGUCACAGGUCCUUGCAGGGAAAGCAGUGUCCCCGUUUCCCUGGAAAGGCGCCGAAGACCCCAUUGACGCCCUGGAAAGUGGGCGUGGUACGAUGUCAGUGGUAUCUUUAG